AUGCACCUGGUCGAAAGAGAUAUCCUGCUGCUGCUCCCCGUAGAACACCUGGUUGGUGAUGGCCUCCUGCUCCGCCCUCGCGCUGUCGCCGCAGUCCGCGUUGAGCACACUGCCGAAGACGAUGCUUCCAUGCUCCUCAAUCGUCCCGACGUUGCCGUCAUCGUAGUGCACUCGGUUAAUGAUGAAGUCCUGCUCCUGGCCGUCCUCGACGAACACCUGGUCGAUGAUGGUCCCCGGCUCCUCCUUCGUCCUGCCGUCGCCGCCCAGGUCGAAGAUGUCGUCCAGCUCCUCAUUCGUCCUGUCGCCACCGCCAUCAAAAUGCACCUGGUCCACGAGCGCCGUCUGCUUCUGCAAGCCUCCCCGCGGAUAGGCCGCAACCUCGGGCCAGGGAUCACGAACAGGGUAAGCCUGAAAACUCGAGCUUCAUCCCGGCGUCCAUCGCCACAUUGA